GAGGUUGAAAUGAACGCUAGGCUGUGGAGUGAAAUUCCUCUGUGUGUGAAAGUAGGGAGGGCUGAGCUUAACACGAGGUUUUGGGCUUUAGAUGUCUACGCUCAUAGACUGAACAUCCCAGUCCGUAAGAAAAAUAAAAUUUUUGGGGUUUUAUUUGUAAUAAAUAUCGCGUGAGACCAUCGAAGUGAUGGGGGGAAAUGUUAGCUCGCGCCACGUUUCCUUCGACCCUGCAUUUGAUGAGGAGGGGGUUACAUUCGUGAAGGGCAUUAGGCUUUCACAAAGAGUGAUUGAUCGUAUGAAGGAGUCUCCACCUGUGGUUCACCCGCAAGCUUCACCCAAAUCUUCCACCCAGUCAACAGCUCCUGUAGCUCCUCCGGUCGAGCGAUUGGUUCCAGGCGAACAUCAAGUACCCAUAAUCCCUCAUCCUCCCUCAUAUGCCAGUACUUUGGUUCCUCCUCCUGUUUCAGUGCCAAUAAAACCUUUCGUGCCUUUAGUAACUGGGACUGAGGAAACAUCUGCACCACCUUCAAAUCUCGUAAAGUCACCUGAAAGUCUUCCAAACCCUCCACCUACAGGUGAUGAGCAUGUAGCUAUACUUGUACCUGACCCUCAGCCUGCUGUGCUGCCUGCUGAACCCAUAAAUUCUCCUUCACCAGUGUCAAGUGAACCAAUAACUGCUUCUCCACGAGUGGAACCCGUAACACCUAUAGGGUCCUCUGUUGAACCCCUAACACCUAUAGGGUCCUCGGUUGAACCUGUAACACCUAUAGGGUCCUCUGUUGAACCCCUAACACCUAUAGGGUCCUCGGUUGAACCUGUAACAACUAUAGGGUCCUCUGUUGAACCCCUAACACCUAUAGGGUCCUCGGUUGAACCUGUAACAACUAUAGGGUCCUCUGUUGAACCCCUAACACCUAUAGGGUCCUCGGUUGAACCUGUAACAACUAUAGGGUCCUCUGUUGAACCCCUAACACCUAUAGGGUCCUCGGUUGAACCUGUAACACCUAUAGGGUCCUCUGUUGAACCCCUAACACCUAUAGGGUCCUCGGUUGAACCUGUAACACCUAUAGGGUCCUCUGUUGAACCCCUAACACCUGUAGGGUCCUCGGUUGAACCUGUAACACCUAUAUGGUCCUCUGUUGAACCCCUAACACCUAUAGGGUCCUCUGUUGAACCUGUAAAACAAACACCUAUAGAGUCCUCUGUUGAACCUGUGAUUGUAUCUGCUGAAGAUCUUGUUCCAUCUGCUGAACCGAUUGAUCCUAUAGAAACUCCAUCAUCUCUUACUUUAGCUGCUCCGCCAACAUCUGGCGAGUCCAUGGACUUACCUGUUGAACCUGAGGUUUCAACCUCCCCAAUCUCCAUACCUGCUCCUAUUCAGUCUGUCUUGGAGGAGUCUGCUGUUUCGCAGUCAGGCUCUGCUUCAUCUGUGGUUUUGCCUGAUGAAAUGCCUUGCAAGAUGCAAAUAGGUCCAAUUUCCACGGGAGAUCCUGCAGUUCCUUGUGUUCACCUGGUUGAGGAACCUGUUGCGCCACAACUCGAGGUCUUUCCACUGGAAACACAUGUUGUGAAUGAGGAAAAGCUCAAAAGGCAGCUCAGAGAAGAUCUCCAGAAGCUCCUGAAUGAGGAAAUGAAGAUGGCAGAGCAUAACAUGAGACAACAGCUGGAGGAAGAGAAAGCUAAAGCGAAGGCCCAAGCUCAAGCUGCAGCCCGACUCCAGAUUCAGGAUGAGGUCCAGAAGCUUCUGGAAGAGGAGAAGGCAUCAUAUCAACAGACCCUGGCAGAUGCCAUUAGGAUGGAGAAACUGAAGGUUCAGGAUGAGCAUCUCAUAACUCAGUAUUAUUGGAUGGAGAGGAAGGCUCAGAAACUGGAGGAGAAGGAGAAAGAUCUGGAAAAUCAGGAGGCUUUGUUUCGGGAGCAGAUUGCCAAGAUGCAGGAAAAGAUGGCUCGGUUCACAAAAGUUACUGCUGAAAAUUACAAGAAAGGCUUAGAGGAUGCACACAAGCGCUUCAGGCGAUGCCAAAUCAAACCAGUGUGUUCAGAUCUGCAGAGUCAGAUACUGAAGUGUUACGCUGAGAAUAAAGGUCAGACUAUGAGCUGUUCCAACAUCGCGUCACUGUAUAUUCAGUGUGUGGACCGUGCCAGACAGGAUAAAAAGCUGAGCACCGGAGGUUAGCUCACUGGGCUGAACAUCAGAUGAGAAGGCCAUCAAUGCAAACACACACACAUUAAAAAUUAUUCAAUUAGUUUAAUUGUUAAUUACACAUUUCAGCAGGUUUAAAUAUGCCUUCUCUUGAAUAUGAGCCAUUAUCGGACCACUAUGGAGAAAUACCUCAACUGGUUCCUCACUCUUGUGACUGUGAACUGGUUUCAUGUGCUAUCGAGUGCUUUGUUUGUGUGUGGAGACAUAGUGAUUUUCUUCUGUGUUCCUUCUUGUUUUAAAAUAGUGCAUGACCAAAAAGUACAAAGCGAUGCACAAUCUGGAAGCUGUUCUUUGAUGACAUGUUUUUGCAUAGUAAAAAGUUUGUCUUUUUCUUUGAUACCUGAUAUUAUAGGUAUUUUGGACAAAUGAUUGAAAUCCAAGCUGUGCUGCUAAAAGCCGGUCAAAUGUGUAAAAUGGGUAUUAAGGAAUA